AUGACCUCCAUUUCGAUACCAACAAAUGCCCCAAAUGUUUUCAAAGCUUCCAAAGCAUCACGUCGUCAACGUGAGACUUUGCUUAUGGCCAGCCCGCCAACUCCUAUCGUCUCCUUGCCUCGACCCUCCGACCAGAAGCCUUCUGAAAGUCCACAGAAGCAGACCAAACCAGUUGCCCUUAUGUCGAAGAUGGGACAUUCGGAAGCGGAAACCCUGAAGCAGGGAGCUGCUCAAACUCAACGAAAGAAUUCUGCCCAGGAAUACAGCGCCAGCGAUACAACCGAGACGGACAAGGGACAAGGUCGAAAGUGGAGGAGAGAGGACAUCUGGUAUCUCAGUCCAAAACGAAGACAAAGACGAUCUUAG